CUGUAUGAAUACUCGCCGCUGUUUUACAUCGCGGUGGUAUUCACCUGCUUCAUCGUGACCACCGGCCUGGUACUGGGAUGAUGAGCCCACUUUGUUGCACAUCACUGGACUUCAGCAGUUGCACAGAACACUGGGACCCGUGUCUCGUGCAUCUUGUAUUCUACGCGAGAACCUGGCCAGGUUAUAAAAUUUAACACCAACCAUUCCAUCUGUGUGAAAAAGUUCAACAUGAAACCAAAAAGCGUACCUGGCUGCAUGCAUCUCACCAUGCUCUAACAUGUCAAGGUCAUUGCAAAAGAAAAGGUGCGUUAUGAAAGUUUGCCCUGAUUGAAUGCACCACAGUAAGAAUGAAUGCACAUCAGUGCGAAAGGAUUUUAAGAAUUUACGCGAUUAAACAAAAGGUAAGACAGGAACCUCAUCUGGCCUCUUCUUCACCCCAGCGGUGAUCAGCACAAGGAUGAUGAUUUCAGCCUAACUUCCCAAGAAAGGCCAAGAGUGGGGCCAGGCAGCUCCCUGCCCUGAAGCUGGUGCUGCCACAGGCAGAGCUGAUGGAGUCAGUAGCAUGAUCAUUACAUUCGUACUCACCGGGGCCUUCUGUGAUCUGGAGAUUGAGAGUACUCAACGCAGUGUAAGUCUCCUUGUUGAUAAUGAAGAUGCAGCCAGAGGUAUCGGCAGUCUGCACGGGUGUCCCAUUCUCCUUGUGCCAGACGCCCUCCGGGUAGGGGCGGCCCGCUGACUCCCUGUACAUCUUGGGAUCCUGCCCUUCAUUCUCAUUCUCAAACCAUUUACGGCCAGUGACACCAGGAACCGCUUUCCUUUCAACGGUGGCAUUUGUGCUAGGAGCGCUGACACAAUUAUCGUGGUUCGCCUGAGCACCCGGCCCUCAGCCUGUUGAUCCCGUGCUCCAUCUGCUGGCAUCCUCACCAGUUGGCAGCCAGUUCCACCCAUUCUUUGCCCAGUGAUGUGAGAGCUGGAGGUUUGGUUGGGAUGUUCCGGUAAUUCUGAGGAAUUCCGAAGAGACCCCAUUCAGCACAAGAGUUUUCAAAAAGGAGAUGCGACAAGUGAAGAAUCCUUUCGGCCUAGAAAUCACAAAUCCAUCCACAGCUUCAAUUACAACUGGCAUAACGCUGACAACAGACUGCCUUGAAGACAGCCGCCUCACGUGCUACUGGGGCUGCAGCGUCCAGAAAUUACACGAGGCCCUGCAGAAGCACGCCUACGGCUUCCGCAUCAGCACUCCGCAGGCGCUGGACAAUGCCCUGUACAGUGAGCACCUCCACCAGGAGCAGUUCUUUAUUAAAAAGGACAGCAAAGAAGAAAUAUAUUGCCAGUUACCAAGAGACACUAAAAUUGAAGACUUUGGGAUGGUGCCCAGAUCUCGUUAUCCGUUGGUGGCGCUGUUGACCUUAGCCGAUGAGUGUGACCGAGAGAUUUAUGAUAUUAUUUCCAUGGUUUCAGUAAUUCAUAUUCCUGAUAAGACUUAUAAACUUCCCUGCAGAAUAUUGUAUCAAUAUUUACUCCUGGCUCAAGGUCAAUUUCAUGAUCUUAAGCAACUUUUCAUGUCUGCAAAUAAUAAUUCCACACCCUCCAGCGGUCCCUCGCCAGAAGAGGAGAAUGUGGACCGCAGCUUGCUGGAGAAGGCUGGGCUGUGUGAAGGCGAGGCAGAGCCGCCGGAGGAGAGCAGCAAGGACUGCGUCGUGUGCCAGAACGGGAGUGUGAACUGGGUGCUGCUGCCCUGCCGGCACGCGUGCCUGUGCGAUGGCUGUGUCCGCUAUUUCCAGCAGUGCCCGAUGUGCAGGCAGUUCGUGCAGGAAUCCUUUGCACUCUGCAGUCAAAAAGAGCAAGACAAAGACAAACUGAAAACUCUCUGAAGAUGCCGUGGCAACUGAAAAACCCUCUACGUGCCACACGGACAGUUGUGUCCUCAGAAUUCCUCCUGGCUCAGAGUCAACAGUCUUGGCCACCCCAGGAAGUUCUGUUCUAACCGUAUUUAUGCAAUACCUGGGUGAUGGAAGCGAACGAUUCCUUUUGGCUCAGUGUGGUGAAUGCUGGAGUACUGCAGUAACACUCAGCACUUGGAAGAAUAUAAACAUUCGGCUUUUUGUCAGCUGCAUGAUUUCGUAUCAUUCUGAAAAGCAGUGCGGCUGAAAUUUGGGGAGCCAAAAGUCUCAAGAUUGCCGAAUAUUUUGUUUUUGACAUAAUCUGGAGUGAAAUUAGGAAGAAACUUAUUUCUCUUUAAAGUAAUUCGUAUGUUCCUCAGUUUACAAAAGUGUUGGAAAGGGCUUUCUUUAAAUCCUUUCCUGAAAUACGUUUUUAUAAAUAUCAGUCUCUUUGGUUUCUAAUUUCCCUUAACAUCGUAAUUGCAUAAGCACAAGUCUUAAUUUUUAUUUGUUUUGUGUUUUUUUGUUUGUUUGUUUGUUUUUUGGUACCAGGGAUUGA